GAUGCUAUUUGACGAAUUACCCUGCUGUUGAGAUAAACUGUCACGUCCUUGAAUGAAUGAAUGCAUGAAUGAACAAAUACAUAAAUGUUUGACGACACUCUAGCACAAACUAGAGAUCGGCUAUGAGCUGUCAAACGAAGCGUUGCUCCUGGAUCAACCCCGUCGCCGCAGUGAUACUGUCACCCCAGUUUAACCGUUACCACGGAGAUUAACGAUGAUCAUCAGUCUACAGGGACCUCAAGACAUCACAGAUGUGAACUGUAGUUAAUCACUAACACUGACAAAUCUUGCGAAUCCUUCAGAGUAUAUGAACUCUUGUCUCCAUUUCCAGACCUGGAACAUUAUAAGUCCCCAGACGUCCGAAUUCGCUCACUUCCGACAGUCUUGGUAACAGGACAGUAAACUCAAUAUGGGGAAUUCCAGGUCGAAACCACAGACGGAGAAAGAGAAGCUGAAACGGUGUCGACUGCAACACGUUGAUCACCUGCUUGAAUGUUCGCCUGGUCUUGCAGACGACACAAACUCAUCAUCCAUUAGACAGAGUCAUGGAUCUUCUGUCGAGGCAACCGGGGACGAGUAUCCCAGCCCGAGGCCUCAGGGUUGUCUGAGCAAAGUGGUCAGCAUGGACGAAGUGGACUGCCAGGCGAUCUCCGUGCACCCCCAGGAUUAUGAUUUUCCCUUUGAAAAUCUCGUCUUUGAAGGUGGAGGAAGCAAGGGCCUUGCCUACUGUGGCGCUCUCCAGUUCCUUGAAGAAAUUGGACAGAUGUCGAAAAUACGUCGACUUGCUGGGGCGAGCGCUGGUGCCAUGACGGCGACACUGGUUGCUGUUGGUUACACAUCAGGCGAAAUCGAAGCCUUUCUCAGUGAAGACAUCGACGAUAUAUUCAUGGAUCAUCGGUAUGGAUACUGCAGCCUGCUGCCAAAUGUUAUCACACGUUACGGCUGGAAUCCAGGUCGCAAAAUCUUCGAGUGGUUCGGUUACAAACUGGAGGCUAAGACGGGAAAUCCUGACAUUACAUUUGAAGAGCUUCUACGCAAGACAGGAAAAGAGUUAUGUAUCGUUGUAACGAAUCUGAACCAAAUGAACACCGAAUAUUGCCAUCCGAAAACAACACCGGAUAUGCCCGUGAGACUGGCACUGCGCAUGUCGAUUUCGAUUCCAGGUGUAUUCAUGGCGAUUCAGUACACGAUGCACGGUCAAACAGACACAUUCGUUGAUGGUGGACUGCUGUGCAACUAUCCCAUACACAGUUUUGAUGGCUGGUACCUAUCCAUGGCACCAGAAGAUGGCUUCCUUCACAAGCUGCAGCCGCUGAGAGACUUGCCAAAACUCUUUGAUAAAAGGCAGAGAUUUGGCAGUGUUAAUAAAAACACGUUAGGGUUUCUGCUGUAUGCAGACAAGGAGCGUGAUAUUCUCAGAUAUGAACUGGAGAGAAGAAUAGGUGUGCUGAGUCCAGAACGACCAAAAAUCCCUACCAAACUCUACGAACAAAGCUUGAAGAAGAGGAAAUUUGAGGAGCGGGCAGAACAUGAACAUCUUCGGGUUACCAAAGCCGUGGAUGCUUUUUUCAAGGUACUGUUGAAGCAUAACCUCGACAGGAAUAACGUCAUUGACCGCAGCGAGCUGGAAAACGCUUUCAAAGACGAAACGGAGUUUUCGAGGGAGCAGGCGGAGCUGCUGUUUGGGAAGGACGUCACGGUGGACAAAGCGUUUGCGAUCCUCGAUCAGGAUGGAAACGGAAAGAUUAUUCACAACGAGUUGGUGCGUUUCGUGGAAGAAACAGGAAUCUGUCUGCAGUCUCGGUUUCUUGGUUACCAGAGAAAAGAAGUGAACAGUUUAUUCACGUUUCUCAAAUCCUUGCGGAAUUCACUCUUAACUAACGUAAAGAAAAUCUUCGUCGAGACCAGUGAUCUGCAGAGAACUGUGGGUAUUAACACAGGUCACGUGGGUACGAUAGACCUCAAGCUGGAAGACGCUGAUCGAGAGUUUGUUGUCGAGCGGGGAUACAACAGUACACGAGCGUUUCUUCAGUAUUACGUUGUCGAGAAUUGUUUGCAGAAACGCCAGACGGAACCACACGAGAGCGAGGUAGCACCGAACACUGACAUAAGUCAAGAAACAGAUUUAGCAGACAGUGAGGCAACGGAAAAAAGUCCACUCGUGGAGUCGUAGCAAGAAUCUCAAUGUAAAGCCAAUGCUUGAAGACAUUUUGGACAUAUUAUGACAAGUACACUGAAGUAUCGACACGGUUACUCGUCAAACCAGUGUUCAGGCGUUUAUGGUGUUCAUUAUUGCGCUUUCAUGGACUCCUGGACUUUUGCCCCAAAAGAUGUACCUUGUGAAGCAGAUAUCAUUUCUUCAAGUUGUCUAAUUCUCAUCCUGACUGACAGCGAUUUCCUCUAUGGUUUUACUCAUGUUAUUCUCUGUUGGACGUAAACACAUCGUAAUAAUUAUAGUGAAUGCCAUCUUCGCACGCCAAGGUACCAUUUUGUAACGUAGUAUACUAGCCGGAAUAUAUCUUGGUUUGUGAACAUGAGUGAAUGAAAAACAAAACCCAUAUAAACUAGAAUUUGACUCUUAAAAUAAAAUUAUUUGGAAAAUUAAUAAAGCUUAACAACAAAAUAGAACUCAAGCUAUUGGUUUCAAUGGGUAUUAAAGAGUCAUCGUAUUUUGAAUUAAGGUUGUAUUAGAGGCUCUUGUAUGAAAUUUCAUCAUAAAUAUAUCUGGUUAGUUAUUUUGUCUUACAUAUAUAUGCUUCUAGCGUUCUUUCUUUUUUGAAAAUGCCUUUUAUGCAUGUAGUGUUGGGCCUAAUGCAAUAAUGUUUCUUUGCCGCCUCCUAUGGACUCCCUGUUACUAUGCUAGGUCCAGCCUUGGGAGACCACAUAUUAUUUACUAAACUUAUAUAUUUUCAUCACUAAUUGGUUCAUUCGAUCACACACUCACUCUGAACCCACCAAAAAGCACCCAAGCCAACUCACACAGAACCCACCGGAAAACAAACCAACUCACUCACUCACUCAGAACCCACCAAAAAAACACCCAAGCCAACUCAUUCAGAAUCUACCAAAAAACAAGCCAACUCACUCAUUCAGAACCCACCGAAAACAAACCAACUCACUCAAAUCACACCGAAAACCAAAACCAACUCACUCAAUCUGAACCCACCUAAAAACAAGCCAACUCACUUUAUAUUGUUUGAUCCACGUUUGCUGCUCUUGUUUAUGUCUGUAUAACUAGUGCUACAUCAUUGUGUUUAUUACCAUAAUAAAAAAACCCAUCUUCAAUUAA